CCCUGCCGCAGCCAUGGCCGCCAGGCUCUUCCCCGCCGUUAAGUUUGUCAUCAAAGGAAGCCUGGCUGGAGCUGCUGUAUACAUGGCAUAUGAUCAGGGGCUGCUGGGCAGUGGCACACAAGGUGCUGAAGCCCUCAAAAAAGCUCAAGCAGUACUGCCUCCAGCUAUCCAAGAGUGGACAAGUUACAUAGGCUGGGAGCUCCCACCCACUCCAAAAUUUGACUUUUCCCCCUCUGAUUCCUGGAAUAAAGGUGUGCAGACAGUCAUGUCUGCCUUGUCUGUAGCUCCCACCAGGGCCUGUGAAUACACUGUGGAAGGCUGGAAGUAUGUGAAGGAUCUUGUCAGAUGAACAUGUUCUCCAGAGUUCACGAUUCUCUCCAUCCUAUGUUGUCUUUGGGAUAAUGCAUAGUCCAUCCCUCUAAAGGGCACCUCAGCCAUGCAAGGGCUACAAUAAAAGACUUUGGAACUUCC